AUGAUACAAUGGCCUCUUAGUCUAGACGGCAAGGUUCUGGUUGGCGCAGGCGUUACGGCGACAUCUGUUAGGCAAUACGUUGCAAGAUCGAAACAGGUUCCACUUUCUAUCAGGCUUCGUUGGGAUAAACAACUUUUCGAUGCCGUGCGGUUCAUCCACUCAAGGAACGUGUUACAUGGCGAUAUAUCGUGCAACAAUGUUUUCCUUAAUGACAACCUCGAUGUGAAGCUUGGUAAUUUCGCCGGCUCAGCCAUUGAUGAUCUUCCCUCACUCGUCUGUUAUGAGACUAGUCAUGAACUUCCUAACAAAGAUAUCUCAACGAAGACUGAACUCUUUGCCCUCGGUUCUACUCUUUACGAGAUAAUGACUGGUUCGAAGCCAUACAAAGAUCUACCUGAUCACGAAGUAUCUGUUGCUUUCUGUGAAGGUCGCUAUCCUGAUCUAGAAUCUGGGCAAAGUUAUGCAACCGCAGAAGAGGCCCUUCGAGAAGUACAAUUAGAGGUUGCUACCAUUAAAGAGCCACGCCCAUCCCGUUUCUACACUCAUUUCAGCUAUCAAUCACUUUUGGUUCCAUUCAUCCUGACUGAUGUUAGGCUGGCAAUGUCCGUCGUCAAUGUCUUCCUCUGA